AUGACAUGUCUCAUGAAAAGUGUCUAUCCAAGUCUUUUUGCCAUCACAUUCAAACGUUACGAGACAAUUGAAGCCAAAUCAAUAUAUAUACUGGGUACUGGAUGCGCUGCAAAAGAAAGGCAAAUGAACUACUAUCUAGCUCAAGGAAGAGGGAUCAGUAUCGAAGACCUCAUCACCGAAAAUGACAGAAGAUAUGAUGACAACGAGGACAUGGCUAAUUUUGAUCAAGAGCGACUGCAAAUAGGGUACAAUAUCCUAAUAAGAACUUUGCCGUGGUUGCGAAAGACAUCCUCCGACAUGGAGCACGACAAGUACAUGCGCAUGCUCAAAAUGCUUAGGCAGGGGGCUGAUGGAGCUCGAGGCGACAAUACAUCGAAACAGACUCUUAUUGCCGACUGGGUCAAUCGUGAACUCAAAUCGAAUUCCCUGGUGGACCCUGACGACAAACAUUCUCGUGGAUUCAUCAACGAUGCGUGUGGCAAGUUACUCUGCCCAGCUGAGCUUGAUUGGAACAGCCCAAUCACAAAGGCAGGGAUUCAGGAUCGUUCUGAAGGUUAUAUCGUGACGGACCUCUCUUUUCCGGCCUUCCUGUAUGAAAAGUAUACCGCCAAUCUGGAGAAUUUGGAUGCAAAUUAUCAAGAUGGAGAAAGUUACUCCCUGCUCAAUUGCAUACAUCGCCUGUCAAGUACGAUUUGCGCUAUCUUCUGUCACGUCAUGGUGGACUGUCGAUGGUGA